UAGUCGGUUUUAGGGCACCCGCUGAGUGCCAACCGUACAAAAACAACGCGUGGGCUAUUUGACUAAAGUCGUAUUUAUGUCAUUUGGUCCUGGGGUGGACUUUUUGCACUUGAGAGCAAAGUGUAGCUUCGAGGUGCGGGUCUUUUCGGGGCCCUCGGAGCGCGUCCGGCCGAUGUUGUUUAUGUGUAGUAAGGGGUAGCUUGAAACCGGCCUGGCUUGCCCCACUUCCUCGCUUGUUUUCCUCCUCGGCUCGCUUGCGCCUGCUGGAUUCUACUCCAUGUUGACGCCGCCACUGCUGGCGCUGCUGCUGCUGCAAAAGUGACGACUCGGCGGCCACGGGACGACCAGGACGACCAGGAAGACCCCCCCCCCCCCCCCUAGCUCGCUCGCAACACCGCCGAAAAGUCGUGUCCAGAGAGCCCCGCAAAGCGGUUCCGAAUUGAGCACUUUCCUUCUGCAAAGGAAAAAAAACUGAAUAAGCGUUGGAGAAAGAUAGAUCGACAGAGGGACAGAAAGACAGUAGUCAAGCCAAGCAGGCGGGAGAGACGCCAGUGACAGGCGAGCUCGGCGAAUCAUCGACUGGAUCGGAACCGCGAAGACAGAAGCCAAUGAGGGGUGCCCGUCAGUGCCCGGGGACAGGAUUUGAGGAUUUUGAGGGCUCCGUGAUUGUCCGAUGGAAAGUUCUGUUAUCACCCAAGUGCACAAAGAAGACGUCCAAGUGUCCCCCAAAACAGGCCAGGUGAGCCGCUCGGCCCUGAAGCAGCCUCGGAGUUGUAAUGUCUUCAAAGCGCUCUUCUGCUGCCUGCAAGCUCAGGAUGAGCCCAAACUACCUCCGCCUCUGCUGCCGCCUUCCCAGCAGGCGUUGCUGGAGGCCCCGGAAAAUGCGGCGGUUGUCAAGUUGUGCGACAUCAGCCUCCUGCCCGAGGUGACCGCCCAUGACCAAGGGAAGAUCUGCGUGGUCAUCGAUCUAGAUGAGACGCUGGUGCACAGCUCCUUCAAGCCGAUCAGCAACGCGGACUUCAUUGUGCCGGUGGAGAUUGAGGGGACCACACACCAGGUGUACGUGCUUAAGAGGCCGUACGUGGAUGAGUUCCUGCAGCGAAUGGGAGAGCUGUUUGAGUGCGUGCUGUUCACCGCCAGUUUGGCUAAGUACGCCGACCCAGUGACGGACCUGCUGGACCAGUACAGCGUGUUCCGGACUCGCCUCUUUCGGGAGUCAUGCGUCUUCCAUCAGGGUUGCUACGUGAAAGAUCUGAGCCGCCUGGGCCGAGACCUUCAUAAGACGCUCAUCUUGGAUAAUUCUCCCGCAUCCUACAUCUUUCACCCCAACAAUGCUGUCCCCGUGGCGUCAUGGUUCGACGACGUAGAUGACGCCGAACUCCUCAACCUCCUGCCCGUGUUUGAAGAACUCAGCCAGGCGGAGAACGUGUACACUCAGCUGGACCAACUUCGUGGGCAUUAAAGGACCUUUUUCCAGGUCGUCUUCCACAUACCACGCAUUGAAACCGGAUCUCUUCACAUGUUGGUCUGUCCCAGCUGCUGCACAAAUAUCUCAACAAUGACAUUAGCGUGGGUUACAGGACAUUCCAAAAUCACAAAGCAACUAAAUUUGUGCCUCGGAUUAUGCUUGGCAUUCUCAAGCCUUUUUUAUAUGCUUGUGAUAGCAGCAAUCACUAUUCAAAAUCGUGCAAAUCACCACGAGACAGCGCGAGGACAUCACAACCAAAGCGCCAUUGUCCCAGUCACCGGUUCAACCAGUUGUGGCAAUUGUUCUCUGGCCAAAUAGAAGCCUCCAUGCCCUCUAUCUGACUUUGAUUGAGCGUGCCUUUAAGGAACGAGGAAGCAGAAAAAAAAGAUUUUUUUUUAAAUCACCACGGGUUUUAUACACCGUUCGUUUUGAUAAGUUGUUUUAUAUGGAAAUCUAUUUUUAAAUAGUUCCUCUAUGCAAGCCGGUUCUGUCAAUAUUUCAUUUCAGUGGACGUAAGAGUUGGCCUUAUUUAUGAAUAAGCAACAAAAAAACGAACACGAAAGCUAAAUGAUGCCCAAUUGUUGUCUUUUCUAAAUCUGAUGCUUUUAUGUAGCCGUUCACGUUACAAAACCAAAAGCGACUUGGAAUGUGAACGGAACGCAUCAGUGACUUGACACGUGUGCGCACAAACCAUGACGUCAUGUGGUGCAGUCUGCUUCCUGAAGGAAAUACCAAAAAGGUUUGACUGCAACCGAAGCCAAAUUUCUGAACCGAAUCAUUUUGUGUCGUCCUCUUUUGCCCAUUGACUGAUUUCUUCUUUUUUGUCCGCCAUUGCUUCUGUCACUGUCUAAUUUGUCAAACCGUUGUGAUGUUUAUUGCCUUUUGAUGACACGGAGGUGCAUUGAGCGCCACCUGAGUGGUCAGUGUGCAGUUGCGUCAGCUACAUACCUGAUUUUUAUUAUAGCCACUUACGAAAGUCAGCAAAAAUGCAAUUGUACUGUUUACAUUCAUGUAAUUAUCAGAAUUUACCUGCAGUACGAACAUACUGUUUCAGAUUUAUAUUUUCUACAUCAGUCUUUGGUUGUGGAUUUCAUACUGUGUCCCUCUUAAAAUUGUGGCCGGUGACAUAUUUUGAUUUUGCCUCAAUCAUCUUCUGCCACUCAAGCCACCUCUGCUAAAACCGGCUGCAUCCUUAGUUCAAGUGCUUAUUCAAUUUGAAUAUAGUAUGAUUAGUGUUUGGUUCUGUUUUUUUUUCCUGUUUUAAAAAAAAAAAAAAUGCAUUAUUUUAGGAACGUGACAAUAUACGUAGCUUUCAGCUUGAGCGAAAAAGGACAAAAUCGUAUCGUGUCAGCAGACACAGAAAUAUGCGGACACAGCAUAGGCCGAGUGCCGCACAUUCAGACAAGCUUUCUGAGUUUUUUUGUCGUUAUUAUUAUCAUCAUCGAACACUGCUGACAAAGAUAUACAGUGCCUUUUGAAGUUUGGAGCAAUAGAGGUGUUGUGCCUAAAAAUGAGUUAUGAUGAUGGCCUCAACACGAGAAUGCAUGUCAUGCUGGGCAUGAGUGAGGAAACACUGUCGAGAGCAAGUUUACGCAGCUGUGCUACUUGUAGCGGGAAAACACUUGAAAAUAUCUUUUUUUAUGAGUGUUUUUUUUUCUGUAUUUAUUGGCCAAUGACCUGUAUUGUCCGGUAAUGCUCAAUAUUUUCUAUUGUUUUCCAUUUGCCAACAUUAAGCAGUUUAAACUUCACUUGGAGAGUUUUGUCAUAUUGAUUUGUGUCAUUUUUCCUGGGUUUUCUUGUGUUGUUGAACACCUACCCAUGUUAACUAGUUUUAGAAAUGCUAAAUGUACCACAUGUGAUGAUCCAAAGUAUUUAAGAUUGCCAUCAGUUGUCUUUGUCUUUUGGAAUAUUUUUGUCUCCCAUAUCUGACCAGACCUACAAAGUGCUACCAAUAUUUUAUUGAGAUAAAAAUUGGUUCUAUUUUCCUGUA